AUGUCAAUAAAAGCACAGCUUGUGCCCGCGUUCAAAAAUAAAAAUAGAUGGAAUUUAAAGAGGUCUAUCGCCAAUCGGAAAUACCGUUCCCUUGUUCCUGUUGAAAACAAAGUUUGUCAACGCAUGUGUAACUCAAAGCCUGUUCGUUUUUUCUUGGAAAGCGGCGGAAUAGACCUUUGUGAGGCUAUGCAUAUAUUAAAGAACCAGACAAAUGAAUCUAAAGCCCUACAUCAUUUAUAUCAUGUACUACAAAAAGAAAUCAUCGUAUUUGCUUUUGGUUCGUCGGUUCGUCGGUACUAUUUUGUAAAUAAUGUUACCGGGAACUGUAAUCCCCUCUUCUUGGGUAUCCCCAACUCAUGCCGAACUGGGCGAGAAAGUCAAAGAAGACGUGUAGAAGAAAUCAAAGUGUUUUGUUUUUUGGUACAUCACUGUUUACAGGUUUAUCAACUCACAACCGUGAAAACCAUAGCAAUUAAGUAUGAUCCAGACACACAACACACAUACACAAAUCCAGGAAUUGGAUAA